AUGGGCUGGGUAUCGAUCCUGAAAUAUCCUUUGUCGCUCGUUCUUGGCUUGACAAUCCAAUUACUGUCCUACUUGUUGUCAACCAUUCUCUUCCUCGCAUCGCCAUUGAUCUACGUCGGACAUGUUGUCUUAUACCUUGCUCUGCUUCCAUUGCGUAUCCUCAUUAAAUUAGAGGCAUUCAUCUAUUUCAUGACUGGGGCUGUGCUUGUCGGAGCCACUAUAGGCAUUAUCCUACAUUUCACCGGCAGCACCAUAUCACAACUCCUGCAAAUUGAAGACUCAGAUGAGCCACGGCAGCCUCGUGUGAAGCAUGAGCUUCUAGAUUCUCAACCCCAGAAUCCAUCCUUCGACUAUCUAGAAGCGCAGACGGAGGAUCGCAAGUUUCUGCCCUACUCAACAAUUUUAGAGGAGGAAGAGAACAGCCAAGAGUCAGGUUGA